AUGAUGAUGCAGGUAGAACCGAAUGAUGCGCAUGAAUUAGCUCUGGAAGUGAACCCUUCUACCCAGCCUUUGGAGGAUGAAGCCUGCAAGGAGCUACCUGUCAAGGAGAAAACCCCGUGCUGCACCAAGUUGAAGGCCUUCCUAACUGCCCUGUGCUUUUCCUACUUCUGUAAGGGAUUUUCUGGGGCCACCAUGAAAAGUACAUUCACACAACUGGAACGGAGAUUUGCCCUUUCAUCCUCUACAGCUGGCUUUGUGGAUGGAGGCUUUGAAUGGGGCAAUCUGUUAGUGAUAGUCUUUGUGAGUUACUACGGGGCAAAAUUUCAUCGGCCCCGCAUCAUUGCUAUUGGUUCUUGUGUCAUGUCUCUGGGGAGCUUCUUAAUAGCAAUGCCUCACUUCUUCAUGGGCUAUUAUAAAUAUGAGACAAUAGUCCAUUCAACAGACAACAUAACAUUCGAUGUCUCUCCUUGCUCAAGAAAUCACACUGUUGCAGGAUUAGAAGGGAUUCCAGGUUCAGAGAGAGAGGGCAGGAGCGACUCAGCUGAGAGGAAGAGAGGCUGUGAAAAGGAAACAUCUUCCAAUGCGUGGAUUUAUGUCUUGCUGGGGAAUAUGUUACGUGGAAUUGGUGAAACUCCGAUAACCCCACUGGGGAUCUCUUACCUUGAUGAUUUUUCUAAAAAAGAGGAUUCACCUUUUUACAUAGGCAUUCUGCACACCGUGGCAAUGUUUGGCCCGAUGGCCGGCUUUCUCUUGGGGUCUUUGUUCGCCAGACUGUAUGUGGACGUUGGCUUUGUAGAUAUGGAUGCAAUCAAUAUAACCCUGACUGAUUCCCGCUGGGUCGGCGCCUGGUGGCUGGGCUUUGUAGUAGCUGGCGUCAUCAACCUGAUUUCUGCCAUUCCCUUCUUCUUCAUGCCUAAAAGUCUGAAUGAGGAAGAUGAGCCCAGUCUUAGGCAAAAGUUCCUGGAGGCUGCGAAACAGAACGGUGAUGGACAUCAGGUACCCAGAUCUCAGGAAGCUGUAAAGUUGCGUUCAGGUUUGAAAGAUUUCUUUAAGUCCCUAAAAAGACUACUGACCAAUGGAAUGUACGUUGUAAUGUUGUGUGUUACACUGCUGCAGUUCAAUAGCUUCGUUGGUUAUAUGACAUAUAAUCCAAAAUAUAUGGAGCAGCAGUACGGUCAGUCAGCCUCCAAGUCUAAUGUUGUAACGGGUGUGGUUCUUAUUCCCUUUGCAUGUGCAGGGAUGGUAAUAGGAAGUUUUCUCAUCAAGAGGUUCAAGAUGGACAUCAAGGGGAUGGCAAUGUUGACAUGCGUCACCUUUGCGGCAUCCUAUGUUGUACACCUGUUCUACUUCAUGGCUGACUGUGAAGUGCUCCAGGUUGCUGGUUUGACUGUCAACUACUCCGGCAUACAUCGACCGUCCUUCUCUGAAGAAAAACUCUGGUCUCCUUGCAAUUCUGACUGCAACUGCAAGAACAAUAAUUGGGACCCUGUUUGUGGUGACAACGGAAUCACCUACAUGAGCGCGUGUUUGGCAGGAUGCAAAACUUCACUGGGGAUUGGAAAGGACAUGGUAUUUCACAACUGCAGUUGUGUGGGAGCUUCCGGGCCCAGCAAUUCCUCUGCAGUUUUGGGCCAGUGUCCAAGGGCUGAAUGUUCAAAUAUGUUCCCAUAUUUUACAGCUGUUUUGACUUUACAAGUGCUGUUCGUGUGUUUGGGAGCAACACCUUUCUACAUGAUUAUGUUCAGGACAGUUUCACCAGACUUGAAAUCGUUUGCUGUUGGAAUCGAAACUUUGUGUGGAAGAAUAUUCGGUGGACUUCCAGCACCUAUUUAUUUUGGAGCACUGAUUGACAGAACCUGCUUGAAGUGGAGCAUGAAACCUUGUGGCAAAGCAGGGGCUUGCAGAGUAUAUGACAUAAAAGCAUUCAGCAAAGUUUUCUUUGGACUCACUGCUUCCUUGAGAGGGGGAGCUGUCCUCUUCUGUGUUGUUCUUUUAAUUUUAAUUGUGAAGCAAGCCAGACAUGGCAAAACCACGGGAAAGGUUUCCCAAAGCACGGAAUCGCUUUCUCCAAGAGCACCAGCAACAGAUCCAGGAAUGUCCUCCUCCAUGGGGGCAUCCAUAAAUGAAGAGACCUUCUUGUGAGAAAAGUUGCUGACUGGGAUGCUUAAUGCACAUAGACCUCAAUCCAGAUGUUGACACAACCUGCUCUUCUUGCACAUCUCAGUCCUCCACGGGUUGGCCAAAUCAUGGGAGUAUCAGCAGAGUUUAAAGCAGAGCUACUCGGGUAAGAUGAGAAGAUCUGUAGUCUUCUGGCACUCACUGCAGCCUCCUACCACUCUUGAAAAGAAUACUCUCCACACAAGAUGUUCUUUCCAUAGGAAGGUUUUACUUUAGCAGUUGCAAGGUUACACAAGUCUAUACUAUACAAGACUAUAAGACUAUACAGAACUCUUCAGCAAGAACACAGUGAACAAACACUGAACUACACUCACAACUUAGACUCAGAACUCUCCCUGCAUAUACAAAGCAUUGGUUCUUAUACAUCCAACUGGAUACUUUCCCCCCUCCCCAGCAACAGCCUCUCAUUGGUCUAGAGUCACAGUUGAACUCACCAAUCAUGUUAAAGGUCAACUGUUGCUACUUC